AUGUCCAUCAAACGGGCAUUGUCCAAGAUCAAGCCGAAGCUAGACGAGGCCUCUCUUCCCUCUUUACCCCACUCCAAGGGUUCCUCUCCUUCCGGGACCUCCUCCCCCCGUCGCAAUAUCUUGAGCGGCUUCCUUCGUGAUAAGGAUUAUGUCUCCUCGUCCGAAGACGUCUCCGAUGAUUCCCUCCCCUCAGGGGCUGGGACUAUCAGCAAGAACCAGCAGAAACGGCUCGCUCGACGCCAGAGAAAGAGCGAACAGCGCUCUCGUAUGAGUGAGGACCUCGGCUCGUCAGAGUCUGAGCGUCGCCACAAGGAAGAGGUUGCCCAGGCGGUUCGUGAAGAGACCCCGGAAAUGCGGGCGCGCUAUGGCGACCUGCCGUUGGUACAGUCGGGGUCUCGGAAACGCGAACAGCGCCUCAAAUUCGACGACAUUACUUCGGACAUGGUUGGACAGGAUGUCCUCUUCACGGCACGAUUGCACAUCAUACGUCGGAUGAGCGCGAAGCUCGUCUUUCUUGUUUUCCGACAGCAGUUGACAACCUUCCAGGGUGUCCUCCAUGAGGAGCCUGGUGUCAAGUCCAUCGCUAUGGUCCAAUGGGCUGAACAUCUCAAGACAGGAUGUAUUGUCCGCAUUCGGGGCAAGAUCCAGGCCCCCGAUGUCCCCGUCCUGGGAUGCACAAUCCACGAUGUCGAGUUGUCUAUCGAUGAGGUCCACCUUGUCGUGCGGCGCGAGGAUCCUGUUCCUUUCAGUGUCUACGAGGCAGAAAUCCGCACCGCCGAAGAGGAUCUUGUGGAAGGCCGCCGUAGCCACAUCUCUGACCGAACCCGACUGACAAACCGACUCCUUGAUCUGCGCACGCCCACCUCCCAGUCCGUCUUCCGAAUUCAGUCCGCAAUUAGCAAUCUGUUCCGGACUGCUCUAGAUGAACGCGAGUUCAUUGAAAUUCACACACCGAAACUCCAAGGCGCCGCCACCGAGUCUGGUGCUAGUGUCUUCGAGGUGAACUACUUUGGACGCAACGCUUUCCUUGCCCAGAGUCCCCAGCUCGCAAAGCAGAUGGCCAUUGCAGCAGAUUUUGGUCGUGUGUACGAAAUUGGUGCUGUCUUCCGCGCCGAAAACUCAAAUACACACCGUCACCUUACAGAAUAUACCGGCCUCGAUCUCGAGAUGUCGAUUGAAGAGCACUACCAUGAGAUGCUCGAGGUAUUGGACGGAACUAUCAAGACCAUCUUGAAGGGCAUCUACACCCGCUACCGUCGCGAGGUCGAGAUUAUCAAGCAUCAGUUUCCCUCCGAAGACCUUGUUUGGCUCGACGAGACGCCAAUAAUUCGCUUCACCGACGGUAUCAAAUUGCUCAAUGAGUCAGGCUGGCGGGACGACGAAGGCAAUCCGCUGCCCGAGGACCAGGAUCUCGGUACCCGUGACGAAAUUCGUCUCGGAGAACUGGUCAAGGAGAAGUAUGGAACCGACUACUACAUUCUCGACAAGUUCCCCGUUGAUGCUCGUCCUUUCUACGCCAUGCCUGACCCGGAUGACCACCGCUUCACAAACUCGUUUGAUAUGUUUAUUCGAGGUCAGGAAAUCGUCUCUGGUGGCCAACGUAUCCACGAUCCGCACAUGUUGGAAGAAAACAUGCGUCGGGUGGGGAUCAACCCGGAUACGAUGGAGGAGUAUAUGGAAGGUUUCCGAUGGGGAGCUCCACCGCACGCAGGUGCUGGUAUCGGAUUGGAACGAUUGCUGAUGCUCAUCCUUAAGCUGGGCAAUAUCCGUCUCGCCUCCCUCUUCCAUCGUGACCCCAAGAGCUUCCCCGCCAAACCCCCUGUACUCCAGCUGCGCCACCCUGAAUCUUCCACCAUCGAGCCGCCUUGGGUCCGUGAGAAGAGGGGCGCCGUGGCACAGAGUGAGAGUGAGCUGCAGCCAAUGGAGCACAUGAUUGCCAAUUAUGGUGAUGCCACCUCUACAUCAUGGGGUGAUGAGCGCUUCAAGAUCUGGCGUGACAUGGCUACUGGUGCUGCUGUCUCAUACGUCGUCAGCACCAAUAACUACGUCGUGAUUCCAGGCAACCCAUUGUGUGAUGAGAGACAGUUUACCCGGGUCAUCACCCAGUUCCUCCAAUGGUUGCGCCGUGAAACCAAAUACAAGCCCAUUUGGCUUUUAUGCUCUCCACAAGUAGAGACAAUUUUGGGCGAGAGACUUGGUUGGCGCAGUUUGUCCUGCAUUGCUGAAGAACGAAUUGAACCUUCUCGAAACCAGGCUGCCAUGGACGGCGAACUGGCCAAGAAGCUCCGACGGACGGAGAACGAGGGUGUCAAGAUCGUUGCUCAGAACCAGGGCGAGAUGGUACCGGACAGUAUCCGCGAACAGAUAGACAAGCGAAUCGAGGACUGGAAAGCGAACCGCAAGGGUACGCAAGUACAUCUGUCCGAGAUUCACCCAUGGCGCGACCCCGAACAUCGCUGGUACUUCUAUGCCGUCGACAAAGAAGGAACCAUCUGUGCCUUUGUCACCCUCGUUACCAUUUCGCCUACAUACGGCAUGCAGGUCAAGUACACCCUUGACUUCCCAGGCUCGCCAAACGGCGUCAUCGAAUCCCUCAUCACACACGCCAUUCAAGCGGCUGGUCGAACCGGUGUGAAGUCACUUACCUUCGGUGCUGGUGCAACCAACACCUUGAAACCGGGCCACAACAUGCAUGGCACUAAGAUGAAGAUGUUGUCGCACACAUACGACGCCCUCGCUAAACAGUUCCACCUUGUCCGCAAGAGCGAGUUCCGCGCCAAACUCGGAGCUGUGGACGAGCCUCUCUACAUCGCAUACCCACCCCAUGGUCUUGGCCAAAGGGGCAUCCGGGCCAUUCUCCAUUUCUUUGAAGACUAA